AUGUCUGUCUUCAUUCGCUGCAGAAAGUCUGGCUCCCAGGCGGGCCGCCGCUUCUCCGGCCACACCCAGGACGGUGGCUGGUUCAGUACGGCCCCCAUCUCAGACGGCUUCUACGACGCACCUCGCGCGACAAUGCGCAGCCUCACACGCACCAGCUCACUUGCACGCAGCGUCAGCUCGCAGGCCACCUACCGCGACCCUUUCAACGGCAGCCUGACCACGGCCCCCCGCUCGUACCUGCGCUCGGUAUCGUCCGCGCCGCCCCCCUUGCCGUCGUCCGUCACCAGCUGGCGCUCCGCGCUGGAGGAGGCCAUCACGAGCGCGCGCGCCCCGCUGGCCAGCCUGCCGCAGACGCUGGCGCAUCCCGCCAAGGAGAACGUGCCCCGCCACAGCCACGCGGGGGAGGCGGGCGCGCCGUGCUUCCACUGCGAGGAGGCAGUGCAGGCGCGCGCGCACCAGGAGAAGCUGGAGGCGGGCAAGCAGGCGGCCGAGCUGGAGGCCCGGCAGGCGCGGGCGGAGGUGGCGGCGGGGGCGGCGCGCGAGGCGGUGCUGGAGGGACAGCUGGAGGCGCUACGGCGCAAGGUAGCCGACGCGAUCAGAGUAGCCGAGGCGGCGGAGAAAGCGGCGGGGGAGGAGCACGAGGCCGCGCUGGCAGCAGCAGCAGAGUGGAGGAAAAAGUCCCUGGAAGAGGCGCGCAAGCACGCCGCGGAGCUGGCCGCGCUGAGCGACGCGAUGAAAGAGCAGUGGCGGCAGGGGGCCGCCGCAGAGGAGCAGGCGCGCAAGGCAGCGGAGAGCGCGCACGCCGCCGAGCGCGAGGAGCUCAAGGCACGCGCGCGCGAGCUGGAGAAGGACAAGGAGAAGGCGGAGGCGGCGCUGCGCGCGAGCGACGAGCAGGCCAAGGAGACUGCCGCUCGCCUGCUUAAGCUGGACGAGGCCGUCGACCUCAAGACGCAGGAGCUGCGCCGCCAGCUGGACGAGAUGCACGACCGGCACCGGCUGCUGCAGGGCGACGCGGAGGCGCUGCGAACAGCCCUGGAGGUCGCCAAACAAACUGAGACAGCGCUGCGCGGACAACUGGACGACGCAGGCGCAGCUUUGGCGGCGUGCCAGGCGGAGGUGGAGUCCGUUCGUGAGGAGUCUCACCGCUGGCGCCGCGAGUGCCGUGACGCGCAGGAGGCCGCGCGCGAGAUGGCCGCCCACGAGGACGAGCGGCGGCGGCGGAAGGAGGAGCGCGCGGCGCUGCCAUUUGAAGAAGUGCGCGAGGAGCUGGAGAACGCGAUGGCGCGCGCGCUGGAUCGGCACGGCGUGCCACCCGCCGCGGAGGGCCUCUCCGACGACGAGUACCUGGCGGCCAUGGCGCGACUGGAAGCCCAGCGCGCACAGACGGAGAAGCAGCGGCAGAGCUCUCUCGUCUCGGACGGGGUCGACGUGGCGGCCCUGCAGCGCGCCGCUGCGGAGUGGGCUGCGCGGCGGGGCGGGGCGGCCGGCACGGGGCGUGCGCGGGCCGUGAGCCUGCCCGCGCACUGGGAGCACCGCCGGGAACGGCUGGAAGCGGUGCCCCGGGCCAAGCCCACCGGGCGCCAAGCGGAGGACCGACCACUAGACGCCGGGCCGGGUAACUUCGGGGGCCAGUCCUCGGCGGGGCCAAGCUCGGUCGAGAGUAGCCCCGAGCACGCGCUGGGAAAUGGGCGCAGGCAGUCGAGCCGCCAUCCCUCACGGCCAAGCGACGACGGACGGACUGGUGGUCAUUUCGCUGAUGGUGCCCACGCCUCCACGAGUGUGCGUGUUCCCGAGCCCCGCGGAUCUCCUGAGGGUGCGGGGCGGGCAAGCGGUGCGCCGUCGCGCGGGUCCAGCGUGCGCAGCUCGCCGAGCCGCGACGAGGAGGGCAGCGAGCUGGCCGACAGCGACUGGGCAGCACCGCGGCCGCCGCGCAAGAGGGUGACGGCGGGAGGGGCAGCGGAGGGGCGGGGACCGCUCUCGUGCUGA